AUGGUGGACAUGGACAGGAAUGAUCCGGAACUCCGGUACUUAUCGGUGGAUAGGAACAGCUUCAAUGACCCAGCGACACAGGCAGAAUGGACCCAGAAGAGGCUUGUAUGGGUGCCCCACGAAACCCAAGGGUUCGUGGCGGCUGGGAUCAAGGGAGAGCGGGGGGAUGAAGUUGAGGUUGAGAUAGCAGAAUCAGGGAAAAGAAUGUUGGUCCCUAUAGAUGAUAUACAAAAGAUGAAUCCACCCAAAUUUGACAAAGUCGAGGAUAUGGCAGAGUUGACAUGUUUGAAUGAGGCAUCUGUGCUGCACAAUAUCAAAGACAGAUACUACUCUGGAUUGAUUUAUACAUACUCCGGUCUCUUCUGCGUGGUGGUCAACCCAUACAAGAAGCUACCCAUCUACACGGAGAAAAUUAUGGAGAGAUAUAAGGGCAUCAAACGGCACGAAGUACCUCCCCAUGUGUUCGCCAUCACAGAUACGGCCUAUCGUUCUAUGUUGCAAGAUCGUGAAGACCAGUCCAUUCUAUGUACCGGAGAGUCAGGCGCUGGUAAAACGGAAAACACUAAAAAGGUGAUCCAGUACCUCGCAUACGUCGCCGCAUCCAAACCCAAGGGAUCUGGCGCGGGACCGACACCACAAUUGAUUAUAGGCGAAUUGGAACAACAAUUGUUACAAGCUAAUCCCAUUUUAGAAGCAUUCGGUAACGCUAAGACGGUCAAAAACGACAAUUCUUCAAGAUUUGGUAAAUUUAUUAGAAUUAAUUUCGACGCAUCAGGUUUUAUAGCUGGUGCGAAUAUCGAAACGUAUUUACUCGAGAAAUCGAGAGCGAUACGACAGGCGAAAGAUGAGCGGACAUUCCACAUUUUUUAUCAACUCCUCGCCGGAGCGACUUCUCAGCAGAAAGCUGAAUAUAUUCUCGAGGACCCUAAGAGCUAUCCCUUCCUGUCAAAUGCAGCUUUACCGGUUCCCGGUAUUGAUGAUCAUGCAGAAUUCCAGGCGACGAUUAAGUCCAUGAAUAUAAUGGGAAUGAACAACGAAGAUUUCAACUCGAUAUUUAGAAUAGUAUCAGCGGUGCUCCUCUUUGGUUCGAUGCAGUUCAAGCAGGAGAGGAACUCUGAUCAGGCCACAUUACCUGAUAACACAGUGGCGCAGAAGAUCGCGCAUUUACUUGGUCUUUCGGUAACAGAAAUGACAAAGGCGUUCCUCAAGCCCAGAAUCAAAGUUGGACGCGACUUCGUAACGAAAGCACAAACCAAGGAACAAGUUGAGUUUUCAGUUGAGGCUAUCGGCAAGGCGUGCUAUGAACGUUUGUUCAGAUGGCUCGUCAACAGAAUCAACAGAUCUUUGGAUAGAACCAAGAGACAGGGAGCAUCUUUCAUCGGCAUACUCGAUAUGGCCGGUUUCGAAAUUUUCGAACUGAACUCUUUCGAACAGUUAUGCAUCAAUUACACUAAUGAAAAACUACAGCAACUUUUCAAUCACACCAUGUUCAUCUUAGAACAAGAAGAGUACCAGCGCGAAGGUAUUGAAUGGAAGUUCAUCGAUUUCGGUCUCGAUUUGCAACCGACUAUCGAUUUGAUCGACAAACCUAUGGGCAUCAUGGCUUUAUUGGACGAGGAAUGUUGGUUCCCUAAGGCCACUGACAAAACUUUCGUUGAAAAGCUUGUGUCAGCACAUUCCGUCCAUCCUAAAUUUAUGAAGACUGAUUUCCGAGGCGUUGCUGACUUCGCCAUAAUCCACUACGCCGGCAAGGUCGACUAUUCAGCAGCUCAAUGGCUUAUGAAGAACAUGGAUCCGCUCAACGAGAACGUAGUAUCCCUCCUACAGUCAUCUCAGGAUCCAUUCGUUUGUCACAUUUGGAAAGAUGCCGAGAUUGUAGGCAUGGCACAACAAGCCAUGACUGACACACAAUUUGGAGCGAGAACCCGUAAGGGUAUGUUUAGAACAGUUUCCCAACUAUACAAAGAACAGUUGACGAAAUUAAUGGCGACGCUUAGAAACACCAAUCCAAACUUCGUAAGGUGCAUCAUACCCAACCACGAGAAGAAGUCUGGAAAGAUCGAGGCGCCUCUAGUUCUGGACCAGUUGCGAUGCAAUGGUGUCUUAGAAGGCAUCAGAAUCUGCAGACAAGGCUUCCCUAAUAGAAUACCGUUCCAGGAGUUCAGACAGCGGUAUGAGCUUCUGACUCCGAAUAUAAUACCGAAAGGUUUUAUGGACGGAAAGAAGGCUUGCGAGCAGAUGAUUGAGGCUUUGGAACUGGACCAUAACUUGUAUCGCGUCGGUCAGUCCAAGAUCUUCUUCAGGGCUGGAGUACUGGCGCACCUCGAGGAGGAGCGGGACUAUAAGAUCACAGAUCUCAUAGUAAAUUUCCAAGCGUUCUGUCGAGGAUUCCUCGCUAGGCGAAACUAUCAGAAGAGACUGCAACAGCUCAAUGCUAUUAGGAUUAUACAGAGGAACUGCGCAGCGUACUUGAAGCUGAGAAACUGGCAAUGGUGGAGAUUGUAUAUAAAGGUCAAGCCAUUGCUAGAGGUGACAAAGCAAGAAGAGAAGUUGACGCAGAAGGAAGAUGAGCUCCGUCAGAUCCGCGAGCGUUUGGAGACGCAGAUGAAACGGUGCUCCGAGUAUGAGGUGAAGUUCCAACAGGCCAACGCCGAGAAGACACAACUGGCAGAACAGUUACAGGCGGAACUGGAACUAUGUGCGGAAGCAGAGGAGUCCCGCGCUCGUGCAGCUGCUCGCAAGCAGGAGUUGGAAGAGUUGCUACACGACUUGGAGGGCAGAAUUGAGGAAGAGGAGGAGCGGUGUAACACACUGCAGCAGGAGAAGAAGAGACUACAGCUUAAUAUAUCGGACCUGGAAGAACAAUUGGAAGAGGAAGAAGCUGCGAGACAGAAGCUGCAACUGGAACGUGUACAAUGCGACUCCAAGUUGAAGAAGUUAGAGGAGGAUCUAGCCCUCAGCGAGGAUACUAACCAGAAACUUGUCAAGGAGAAGAAGAUCUUGGAAGAGCGUGCUAACGACCUGUCGCAGGCGUUAGCUGAAGAGGAGGAAAAAGCGAAACACCUCAGUAAGCUCAAAACCAAGCAAGAGUCCGCAAUCGCUGAAUUGGAGGAGAAACUUCUUAAGGAUCACCAAAUGCGUCAAGAGACGGACCGGGCAAAGAGAAAGUUGGAGACUGAACUCCAGGACGUCAAGGAACAGCUGGUCGAGAGGAAGGCGCAGCUCGAGGAGUUGCAGAUCGUGCUAAGCAAGCGCGAGGAGGAGCUGUCGGUGGCGGUGAGCCGCGCCGACGAGGAGGCGGCGCUGCGGGCCACGGCGCAGAAGGCGGCGCGCGAGGCCGAGUCGGCGCUGGCCGACGCGCACGAGGACCUGGAGGCCGAGCGCGCCGCGCGCACCAAGGCCGAGAAGCUGCGCCGCGACCUCAACGAGGAGCUCGAGGCGCUCAAGAGCGAGCUGCUCGACUCGCUCGACACCACCGCAGCCCAGCAGGAGCUGCAGAAGAAGCGCGAGCAGGAGGUGGCGGUGCUGAAGCGCAGCAUAGAGGAGGAGACGGUGUCGCACGAGGCCACGCUCGCCGAGCAGCGCCACAAGCACUCGCAGGAGUUGCAGCUUCUGAACGAGCAGCACGAGCAGAUCAAGAAGGCUAAGGCGGCCCUGGAAAAGGCGAAACAAGCUCUGGAGGCGGAGAACGCUGACCUCGCGACGGAGCUGAAGAGCGCCAGCGCCGCCCGCGUCGAAGGCGAGCGGAGGAGGAAGCAGGCCGAGGCGCAGCUCGCCGAGCUCAGCGCCAAGCUGCAGGACGUGGAGCGCGCCAGGGCCGAGGUGCAGGACAAGUGCGCGCGGCUGCAGGGCGAGGCGGAGAGCGCGGCGGCGCAGCUGGAGCAGGCCGAGCUCAAGGCGUCGGCCGCCGCCAAGCACGCCGCCACCAGCGGCGCGCAGCUCGCCGAGGCGCAGGCUCUGCUCGAGGAGGAGACCAAGCAGAAGCUCUCCUUGCAGACCAAGCUCCGCAACGUCGAGCAGCAGCUCGAGCAGGCCCGCGAUCAGCUCGAGGAGGAGGAGGAAGCCAAGAAAAACUUUGAGAAGCAGGUGGCAGCCCUCACUCUCCAAGUGGCAGAUGCAAAGAAAAAAGCAGAAGAAGAAGCAGAAAACGCAGCCGCUCUCGAGGAACAACGUAAAAAGCUCAGCAAAGAUGUGGAAGCUCUACAUAGACAAAUUCAUGAACUGCAACAAGCUAACGACAAACUGGACAAGAGUAAAAAGAAGAUCCAAGCCGAAUUGGAAGAUACUAACAUCGACUUGGAGGCACAACGUGCCAAGGUGAUGGAACUGGAGAAGAAACAGAAGAGCUUUGAUAAGGUGGUGGCGGAGGAGCGCGCGGUGGCCGAGCGCUACGCGGCCGAGCGCGACGCGGCCGAGCGCGACGCGCGCGACAAGGAGACGCGCGUGCUCUCGCUCACCAGGGAACUCGACGACGCCGCCGAGAAGGUUGAGGAAUUAGAGCGUACUAAACGUAUGCUUCAAUCGGAACUGGACGAACUAGCGAACACUCAGGGUACAGCCGACAAGAACGUUCACGAACUUGAGAAGGCGAAGCGAGCCCUGGAGUCACAGCUGGCAGAGUUGAAGGCACAAAACGAGGAGAUCGAAGACGACCUGCAGCUCACAGAGGACGCCAAACUUAGACUAGAAGUUAACAUGCAGGCGAUGCGGGCGCAGUUUGAAAGGGACCUACAGGCGAAAGAAGAACAAGGUGAGGAGAAACGCCGUGGCAUAGUGAAGCAGCUUCGAGAUUUGGAGUCUGAGCUGGAAGAGGAAAGGAAGCAGCGUGCGGCUGCACUCGCUAUACGGAAGAAAUUGGAAGCCGAUCUUAAGGAUGCUGAACAAGGAUUACAUCUCGCGAAUAAGGUGAAAGAGGACGCGGCGAAGCAGGAGGCGCGCGCCGGCCGCGAGGAGGCCGCGGCCGGCGCGCGGGACGCCGAGCGACGCGUCAAGGCGCUGGAGGCCGAGGCGCUGCAGCACGCCGAGGAGCUGGCCGCCGCCGACCGCGCGCGCCGACAGGCCGAGGCCGAGCGCGACGACCUGCUCGACGAGCUCAACAACUCCUCCGCCAAGAGUACCUUACUGGUCGAUGAGAAGAAACGCCUGGAGGCUCGGAUAGCGGCCCUCGAGGAGGAUCUCGACGAGGAGCAGUCGAACAACGAGAUACUUAACGACAGGCUCCGAAAGGCUCAGAACCAAAUCGACCAAGUUACAAUGGAGUUGGGUACGGAGAAGUCCGCCACACAGAAACUUGAGAGCGGUAAACUGGUGCUGGAACGACAGAAUAAGGAGCUCAAGGCCAAACUCGCCGAGCUGGAGACUUCGGCCCGUACUAAGACUAAGGGCCUGAUAACGUCCUUGGAGCUUAAGGUGGCCAAUUUAGAAGAGCAAUUAGAAGCCGAGUCUCGAGAGCGCCUGGCGCAACAAAAGGCUUCGCGCAAGCUCGACAAGAAGAUGAAGGAACUGGCGCUACAGCUCGACGAGGAGAGGAGGCACGCCGAUCAGUACAAAGAGCAAAUCGAAAAGAUGAACGUACGCGUGAAGGCGUUGAAGCGCCAGCUGGACGAGAUGGAGGAGGAGGUGCAGCGCGAGAAGGUCGGCAAGCGCAAGGCGCAGCGCGAGCUCGAGGACCUGCUCGAGACGCACGAGACCAUCACGCGCGAGUGCAACAACCUAAGGAACAAGCUCAGCCACAAACUUCAGAGGGAAUUGUCCAGUAAGCCAGCGCUUACCACUGACGAAACUGAUACUGAGCGGCAGGGCGGCGGCAUCGGGCUGUCGGGCGCGACGUCGUCGUCUCGCAUGAAGCGCACGUCGCUGGCGCCGGGCGGCGGCGGCUCGGGCGACGAGUCGUUCGACGACGUCAACGACACCACCAACUCCGUCGAGUAG